GCGUCCCCUCCCCCUCGAUUUCUCCAUCUUGCCAACAAACCCACAGUUUCCACGAAAUCUUCCCUUGAACGCCCGCCCAACGACACGACAACACCAUGUCGUCCCCGUCGCAACGCCGGCAGCGAGACUCGACGACCCCUCGUCGCUCUGCUCGUCAAUCCGAAGCGGGAACCCCGCGCGAAAACACCAACACCAGAACCUCGCAAUUGGCCUCGAGCCCGCUCUUCUUCCAGUCCUCCCCUGCCCCUCAGGAUGACGACGACCAGCAGAAUCCUGCCCCUGGCGAUGUGUCGUCGCCGUUGCGCCACAUGACAAACAGCCAGAGCACUCCUGGCCGCAGCGACUUCCCCAGCUCGCCGCUGCGCCACAUGACCGAGACGCAAAGCGACGACGAUCCUCAGCGAACUCCCAGAGCCACCCCCGGAGGACUCGGUGGAGAAUCAUCACCUAUCCGCUACGAACCCAGCUCCAGUCCCGGUAGAUCUCUGCGACAACAGUCGGAGCUUCGAAGUGAGACCAGUGGCCUUUUCAUUGGUUCUCAAGUUGGCAGCUCUGCACCCCACCGACGAGGAGAUAUCAACUCUGAUGCAGCACGCACGCCGCGCGCCGCGCGCCGCAUCAUCCUCGACGAUGCCGGCCGUGUAAUUCGCGAGGGACCUGUCGACGGCUCCGACGCCGCAUCCUUUGCCAACCGGGAUCCCAACACCUCUGAGGCGGAUGCGCUUGGUGGCCAAGGGCAAAGUCUUAUCUGGGGUACGACAGUCUCCAUCGACGACACCUUUGCAACCUUCAAGGAUUUCCUCCGCAACUUCACACAAAAGUAUCGCAUGUACCGGGACGGCUUCUCUGACGCCGAGGUGCAGGCGGACCCUGAGGCGGAAUCGAAGCCAUACUGCGAGGCCCUCGAGAACAUGCUUCUGCUGGGUACGUCGAGACUCUACGUUGAUAUUUCCGACUUGAACCUGUACCCACCUACGCGAAAGCUGUGGUAUCAAAUUCAAGCCUACCCCCAGGAAAUUGUGCCUGUGAUGGAUCAAUCGGUUCAUGACAUGAUGGUCGAGUUUGCGCGCGCAGAGACUCUGAGAAACCGAGCGUCCCAGAGCAGCGCCGGCCACCAAGCAUCCCAGCACGGCACUCAGAGCUCAGAACCCGUGUUCCCCAGCUCUGAUCAUCCCGAAGAACCUGCUACCCCUCGACCUCAACAAGAUCAGCAACAGCCUUCAUUGGAGGAUCAGGUCGCGUCUUCCAUUUACGUUGUCCGUCCCUUUGGUCUCGACAAGACGAUCAACCUAAGAGACUUGAACCCCUCUGACAUGGACCGCCUCAUUUCCAUCAAAGGUUUUGUGAUCCGCGCCACUCCCGUCAUCCCCGACAUGAAGGACGCCUUCUUUCGCUGCAAUGUGUGCUAUCACUCAGUCAACGUCGGCCUCGACCGUGGAAAGAUCCGAGAACCGACCGAGUGCCCUCGUGAAGUUUGCGGCUCGAAGAAUUCGAUGCAAAUUGUCCACAACCGAUGCUCCUUCGAGGAUAAGCAGGUCAUUAAACUACAGGAGACUCCUGAUGCGGUGCCUGCGGGUCAGACACCGCACUCUGUCUCUGUUUGUGUCUAUAACGAGCUGGUCGAUUUCUGCAAGGCCGGUGAUCGUGUCGAGUUGACUGGUAUCUUCCGUGUCAGCCCUAUGCGCGUGAAUCCCCGUCAGCGGGCGCUCAAGAGUGUGUACAAGACGUAUGUCGAUGUUUUGCAUAUCCAAAAGGUUGACAAGAAGCGCAUGGGCGCUGAUCCGUCAACGUUGGGCAUUGCAGGCGAACAAGAGGCCGAGGGUGGCGAUAACAACAUCGAAGAAACCCGGGUCAUUUCCGUCGAGGAUGAGGAGAAGAUCCGGCAGACUGCGGCCCGAGACGAUAUCUACGACCUGUUGGCUCGUUCUCUCGCCCCUUCUAUCUACGAAAUGGACGACGUGAAGAAGGGUAUCCUUCUGCAACUGUUUGGUGGCGCCAACAAGACGUUCAAAAAAGGAGCCAGUCCCAAGUACAGAGGUGACAUCAACGUCCUCCUCUGUGGUGACCCUUCCACAGCCAAGUCCCAGAUGCUUGCCUACAUCCACAAGAUUGCGCCUCGCGGCGUCUACACUAGCGGCAAGGGCUCUUCCGCUGUCGGUCUCACGGCGUACGUCACUCGCGACCCCGAGACUCGGCAAUUGGUACUCGAGUCUGGUGCCUUGGUCCUAUCCGAUGGUGGUGUGUGCUGUAUCGACGAGUUUGACAAGAUGUCCGAGUCCACGCGCUCUGUUCUUCACGAAGUCAUGGAACAGCAGACCGUUUCUGUUGCCAAGGCCGGUAUUAUCACAACCCUCAACGCCCGAACCAGCAUUCUCGCCUCUGCCAACCCCAUUGGCAGUCGAUACAACCCCGAUCUUCCGGUCCCCCAAAAUAUCGACUUGCCCCCGACCCUCCUCUCCCGUUUCGACUUGGUCUACCUCAUGCUUGAUCAAGCCGAUGAGAAGCACGACCGACGUCUCGCCAAGCAUCUUCUCUCCCUCUACCUCGAGGACAAGCCGCAGUCCGCCCCGACCAACAAUGAUAUACUCCCCGUCGAGUUCCUCACCAUGUACAUCUCUUACGCGCGCUCCAAGAUCCAUCCCGUCAUCUCCCAGGAAGCCGCCGAGGAGCUUGUUGAGGCGUACGUUGCCAUGCGCGCUCUCGGCCAGGAUGUCCGCGCUGCAGACAAGCGUAUCACUGCCACUACUCGUCAGCUCGAGAGCAUGAUUCGUCUCGCCGAGGCCCACGCUAAGAUGCGCCUCUCCGAGACUGUCACUCGUGACGACGUUCGUGAGGCCAACCGCCUCAUCCAGACCGCCCUCAAGACCGCCGCCACCGAUUCUCAGGGUCGCAUCGACAUGAGCCUUCUCACUGAAGGAACAAGCGCCCUUGAGCGCAAGCGCCGCGACGAGCUGAAGGAGGCUUUGUUGCGCCUUCUUGACGAAAUGACGGCCGGCGGCAACACAGUUCGAUGGGGUGAGGUGGCCCGCCGGCUGAGUGAGGGCGCCAGCGUACCCGUGGAGACGUCCGAGUUCAAUGAGGUUAUGAGAGCGCUCGAAGCUGAGAAUGCCAUCAUGAUCAGCGGCGACGGCGCGAGGAGGACCAUCCGGAGAGUGACGGCAAUUGUUUAAAGAAGCUGGCUAGUGGCUAGUGGCUGGAAUGAUGUGAAUGAGAUAGAUGAGUGGGCUGGUUUGGACGACAAGGGGUCUUGCUUACGGUACAAGGCGUUGACAUAUUACGUAUCGCAGAAUAUCUGAUCAUCUCAAUCUGAUUAAUAACGGAAGAGUUUCCGUGAAC